AGGCGCAGCACGUGUUGAGGAAAGUGUGCUCGAGCACUCUCCAAAAUUAUUCCAAAAGCGAGCUCUCCCACUCGGGAGAUGAAGUGCGAGGAGGCUGACAGUCAGCGGUCACCACCGCCGCUCCUGCCGCCGGCGUCCUUGCUGGCCUGGAGUCCCAUUUUACUACCACCAUGGGGACCUGCUUUUCUACCAGCCCUUUAUCCGGCGGCGUUUCGCUCUGCGUUCCCAGGGUUGUUAGACAGCAUGAAAAUGCCAGGACAACGCCCGGGCUUCCAAAUAUCGGACAUCCUGGGAUUAAACGAAGCGAAGGGAUUGGAGGCUCCUCCGCAGGGCCCGCUGGGUGGCUGUCCACUGGAUAUGCCUCCGUACGGCCCCCCCCACCACACUGGCUACUCUCAUGAGCUCCUCCGACACCACCAACCCUGGCUCUCAUUGGAACAGCAUGACACUACAGGUAUGAUCGGACAGCAAGCAAGUCCUGACAGCACAUCGCGAGCCUCUGAACUAUCCUACGUCGGUCCUUCUGCUACUUCCCCUUCCACCGACCAGAGACCCGACCACGACGACCAAGACAACGACCACGACACAACCGAGCACGACGAUGAUCACGACCUCGACCAGACACCCAGCUCCGAUCCCAUGAUUCACAAGAAACGCAAACGGCGUGUCUUGUUCUCCAAAGCUCAAACGUAUGAGUUGGAGCGACGCUUCCGACAGCAGCGGUAUUUGUCUGCACCAGAAAGAGAACAUCUAGCGAGCCUGAUACGACUGACACCCACGCAAGUGAAGAUCUGGUUCCAGAACCACAGAUACAAGACCAAACGAGCUGUGCAAGAGAAGGGCAGCCACGAUCUGAAUGUAGGCGGCUUGAAUUCACCCCGACGCGUAGCCGUACCAGUGUUGGUGAAAGAUGGCCGACCGUGUCUCGGGAAGCCCGACGGCCUGCCACCGUUGGGCUUGUCUCUCCCUCCGUACCAGGGGAUGCAUCAUCAGUCAGUGUCAGGCCACGCAGCGCAGAACGGCUGUUGGUGGUGAACUAUACAGAUACCUUCCAGUGAAUACUAGUCGUUAAAUUUAGAGCAAUGGUAAUCGAAAUACGAAUAUAAAUCGAAUAUUUUUUCAGCAUCAACAAUAAUUUGGAAUAUUUACUUAUCCGUUUGUGUCACGCAAUGGGCUCAUGCAUGGUCUCACAGAUUAUCAUUAGUUAAAUUUAAUACAAACAUUAUUGGAGGCAAUGAUUUUCGAAAUCAUUACCAAAGAACUUUCCUUUUAAAUUAGUCUUUUGAAAGGCCUUCUAUUUUGUCUUCUUAAAUGUUGUUUUCAAAGAACCUAGAAAUUCAUGUAACUCGAAUAUAAACUAACUGAGUAAACAAAAGAUUUUAUUAAAUAUUUAUAUUACCCUGUUACUUAUACAGCAAGGUGUCAAAAGUUCCUAUUUAUUUUGUAUACUGAUGUUAUUAUAAUGUCACUUACAUUAUAAUCUAUAUUAAGUAUAAUGUUGAGCUACUUUUACUUUUUUAACUCUUUCUGUACUAUCAUUAACUUGGCAAACAAGAAAAUUUGAAAUUAUUAAGAACUCAAAUAUGUUUUUCUUACCAAUAUCGAAAAAUCUGAGUUUGUUAUUAUUAUUGAUUCUAUAAUAUAUUGUAGUAUCGCGGAACAGAUGACAGUGACCUAAGUUUUUGAUGCAUUAUAGACACCGAGGUCUGUGGUCAAAAACUCUACUUCACUUUUGUAUUUACUUUAGUUGUAAGUUAGUAUUAUAAUCAUUGUAACAUUCCAUUUGUUAGUAUAAUGUAUAUAGCGAUGUAUAAACCUAGAACUGAUUGGGAGAAUAUUAUGUUAGCAGAUUUUAUCAGAUUGCAAUAUUUAGAUAAAUAUAAGGUGCAGUAUUAUCACAGCAUGAUUAUGCUAAGAGUAGCUAUUUAUGUAUAUUAUGAUGAAUAGAAUAUUAUAUUUAUAAAAGUCAUUAGAGCCUGUAAAAACAUGUAUAUGUGUAGAUAAUUUAUCACAGGUUUUCUUGUCAUAGACCGUUAUAGGAGUGAGAACCCCAGUAGGUACUUAACUUUGUAAAAAUGUAUCUAUUAUUUUAAAUUAUUUCUAUACUAUAUUAAAUGAUUUAAAUUUA